AUCAAGAACGACGGCGAAAUCAACAACGAUUUAAUCAAGAACGACGAAGAGUGAAAAAUCCUACGUAGGCUUUGAAAGCAGAGGCAGAGGACAAGGGAGAACAAGGAGGUGAUCUAUAGUUUCCUGUUGCAGUUUCUUAGGGAGAUGCACAUGAUCUGAAUGCUGAGCGUCAUACCAGGAAUAAUCAAGAUAUGGAAUUGGAAAGAUGUAAACGUAUUAUGCUUUUGCAACUGAACAAGAGUUAUGUAAGUAAUAUUUUGAUGUGUUACAUGUACUUUCAUGUGACUUCUUAAUUUAAUUUGCAAACCAGAAGAGGAGAUGAUUGAAGAUGUUAUGGAGGACAACUUUGAUCAAGAUGGACUGACUGGAAGAGAUGGACCGGAUGAUGCACCCCUUGAUGAAAUAGAAGGUGCCCUUGUGAAUAUGGAUGUUGAUCUUGAUAAUCCUGAAACUGUUACAAAAUCGAAGAAAUCAAGGGGGACAUUUUAUUGCAGAAAGCUUACAUUGUUACCCCCUGGGAAAAAAAUCAAUGUGGAGUUUGAUGAGGACGGAAAUUCAAUUGGUCCUGAAUCUUCAUUAUUUUCUUUCUACUUGGGUCAACAAGUACAAAACCAUUCAGUUUGUCACGUACAAGUCAAACUUUGGGAAGACUUUAAACUUGAAACGCUAGAUCAUUUGUGGACUUGUAUCCUGGAGAAAUGCUCAUUUGAUGAUCCCGAGUUUAGGAAGGAAAAUGUCAUGAAACAUGCAAGAAGGUUAUUUAGGGAUAGCAGGCACAAAUGGAAGAGGAAGUUCUUCAACGAUCCAACUUUGAAAACGAAAGAGGAGCGCUUGAAAAAUAAGCCUCCAAACAUGACAAAAGUGGAUUGGAAAUACUUAAUUGAGCUUUGGAGCGAUUCUAAGUUUCAGGAGAAGAGUGAAAAGGCAAAAAAAAGCAGGUCCUUUCAAAAGAUGCCUCACUACAAUGGCACUCAAAGUUUUGCUCGCCUUAAACAAGACAUUAUGGAACAAAAUGAUGGGAAAUGUACACGUCUUGAUGUGAUGGUAGAGUCUCGUAAGAGAAAAUCAAAAUCAAAGAAGCGAGUAAAUGUUGCGACCUUAGCCAAUAACGUGCAUGCAGUAGAUGAACUAACGAAAUUAAAGGAGCAAAGAGAACAAGGAAUUCAUAAGAAAACAGAUGAACAGAUUUUCCAAUAGGUGCUCGGCAAAGAUAUGCAUGGAUAUUUGCGUGCCAAUGGACCUGGUAGAAGUUUUACAAAGCAUUUUCAAGUGAAGCCUUCCCGAUUAGAUCUUGCUCAAGAGGUUAAUAAAGUUAAAAAGAUUGCUGAGGAAGAAGUUCUAGAUGCUAAAAAAGAGGCUGAGGUGAUUAGGAAUGAGGUAGAUCAAAAAAAUUCUGAAAACAACAAACUUUGGGAGAAACGACUCAUGAAGAUUCUAAAAGCUUGUGGGAAGGAUUUAUCUGACACUAAUGAUGCUGAAAGUGACAAAUCAUCAUCUUGAAAUUCAGGAAAGGCAUUAUCAUAUUCCAUAGAGGCUGCUGGGCCAAAUUUGGGUCCACAACUACUGUCCAUGAGUGAAUUUUUGAUGUCUAGCUUAAACGAAUCCUAUCAAUCAAGAUAUGGAGCUGCUAUAAUGGACAGGCCAAAUGAUGAAUGAAGUGUAAGCUAUACAAUACUGCACAACAGUACUUGCCAGCAUGCUGCUCCAACUUGUAUCAAUUUGAUGAAUUCAGCAAUCUUCAGGUUUCCUGUUUCUGAUAGAAACAUGUCUAUCCAAACGUGUAAUCAUCCUCUACCAAUGAAAAAAAGCCAACACCUACAGCACCAUGUAUGACCAGAUCCUACUGAAAUGAUUUUUAUUCUCACGUGUUGUUACGAAGUGUUUGAACUAUCAAGACACCGUUUUUCAGGGGAUCCUGAAAGCAAGUAUAGUGUUAGUUUCCAGAGUCAUAUACUCUGUGUUAGUAUCAGAGAACAUUCAGUAGUGACAAGUUUAAUUGGCCUUCUUAAGCACUAUAAAUGCUGAAGUGCUCCUAUAUGUCUUGUCCUCAAGAAUGAUUGUUAUUUAAGAGAUAGCGUAAGAGUCCUUGUGCUUCUUCAAAGUAAUAGCAUAUAUGUGUUUUACUUAUUCUGUUAUUGUGUGUAUUAUAUUAUAACAAUGUUAAUGGUUUUUACUUGUUUUUGUAGGAAAAAUGAAGUAUGGAUGUUAAGGAAAGUAGUCAAAUUAUAUUUCGAGCAAAAAGAUAUUGUGGUUGUCUUUGAUAUUAUGGAUUAUGAAACCUACUGUAUUUUAGAUUUUAGAGAUACAGAGUAACAUUGACUUAUUUUCUUUUUAUUUAAAGAUUUUAGUGUUUUAUUUU